AUGGCCAUUCCGCCGUAUCUUAUUCCCCCUCACACUUGGGCCACAAUGAUGGCCCAACAGCAAGCUCAUGCUCAAUUAGCUGCUGCUCAAGCUGCUGCUGCAAUGCAAACUCAAGCCAUUCAAGCCCAAAGAGCUACCUUAGUGGCCCCAGUAGGACCUGCACCUGCGGUACCCAAGCCACCUGAGGCUGUUUCUGAGGAAAAACUUCAAGAAAAAGCUCAAAAAUGGCAACAACUGCAAAGUAAAAGGUUUGCUGAAAAAAGAAAAUUUGGCUUUGUGGAUGCACAAAAAGAAGAUAUGCCACCAGAGCAUAUUCGUAAGAUUAUUAGGGAUCAUGGAGAUAUGAGUAGUAGAAAGUAUAGACAUGAUAAAAGAGUUUAUUUAGGAGCAUUAAAAUACAUGCCUCAUGCUGUGAUGAAGCUGUUAGAAAACAUGCCAAUGCCAUGGGAACAAAUUCGAGAUGUCAAGGUUUUGUACCAUAUUACUGGUGCAAUAACAUUUGUAAAUGAAAUUCCAUGGGUUAUAGAGCCCAUAUAUAUAGCACAAUGGGGUACAAUGUGGAUAAUGAUGAGACGAGAAAAGAGAGAUCGUCGUCAUUUUAAGAGAAUGCGGUUCCCACCUUUUGACGAUGAAGAACCUCCAUUAGAUUAUGCUGAUAAUGUUUUAGACGUUGAACCAUUAGAAGCAAUUCAGAUAGAAAUGGAACCAGAAGAAGAUGGUCCAGUGGCCAAGUGGUUUUAUGAGCACAAACCAUUAGUAGGAACAAGGUUGCAUGUUAAUGGUUCCACUUACCGACGAUGGUACCUAACUUUACCUCAAAUGGCAACACUUUACAGGUUAGCCAAUCAAUUGCUGACUGAUUUGGUGGACGACAAUUACUUUUAUCUUUUUGACCAUGCAUCUUUUUUUACUGCGAAAGCUUUAAAUAUGGCCAUACCUGGAGGUCCGAAGUUUGAACCACUUAUAAAAGAUGCUAAUCCAGCGGAUGAAGACUGGAACGAAUUUAACGAUAUAAAUAAGAUUAUAAUUCGGCAACCCGUCAGAACGGAAUAUAGGAUUGCGUUUCCUUACUUAUAUAACGAUGUUCCUCACUACGUUCAUUUGUCGUGGUAUCAUACUCCUAACGUUGUAUACAUAAAAACUGAAGAUCCAGAUCUACCAGCAUUUUAUUUUGAUCCGUUAAUUAAUCCGAUUUCACAUCGUCAUUCAAUCAAGACAACAGAACCUUUGCCGGAAGACGAUGAAGAUUUUGAAUUGGGAGAAGAAGUACAACCAUUUUUGCAAGAAACUCCUUUAUAUACCGACAAUACUGCAAACGGUAUUGCUUUGUUAUGGGCUCCAAGACCUUUUAACAUGAGAUCCGGAAGAACUCGAAGAGCCAUUGAUGUUCCCCUUGUGAAAUCUUGGUAUAGAGAGCAUUGUCCUCCGGGUCAGCCUGUAAAAGUAAGAGUUAGCUAUCAAAAAUUAUUAAAAUAUUAUGUACUUAACGCUUUAAAACAUCGACCGCCAAAACCUCAGAAAAAAAGAUAUUUGUUUCGGUCAUUUAAAUCGACCAAGUUUUUUCAAACGACUACAUUAGAUUGGGUCGAAGCUGGACUUCAAGUGUGUCGCCAGGGAUACAACAUGUUAAAUCUUUUAAUUCAUCGAAAAAAUUUAAAUUAUCUUCAUUUAGAUUAUAAUUUCAAUUUGAAACCUGUCAAAACUUUAACAACGAAAGAACGAAAAAAGUCCAGAUUUGGAAAUGCUUUUCAUCUUUGUCGAGAAAUUCUUCGUUUGACUAAAUUGAUUGUCGAUUCACACGUUCAAUAUCGCUUAAACAACGUGGACGCGUUUCAAUUGGCAGACGGUUUACAAUAUAUUUUCGCUCACGUGGGUCAGUUAACGGGGAUGUAUCGAUACAAAUACAAACUGAUGAGGCAAAUUAGAAUGUGUAAAGAUUUAAAACAUCUUAUAUAUUACAGAUUUAAUACGGGGCCGGUGGGAAAAGGACCUGGAUGUGGAAUAUGGGCUCCUGGUUGGAGAGUUUGGUUAUUUUUUAUGAGAGGAAUAACACCGUUAUUGGAAAGGUGGUUGGGUAAUUUAUUAUCGAGACAAUUUGAAGGAAGACAUUCUAAAGGAGUUGCUAAAACCGUAACGAAACAACGUGUAGAGUCUCAUUUCGACUUGGAACUUAGAGCAUCAGUUAUGCAUGACAUUGUCGAUAUGAUGCCGGAGGGCAUAAAACAGAAUAAAGCCAGGACUAUUUUGCAACAUCUCUCCGAGGCCUGGCGCUGUUGGAAGGCAAAUAUUCCUUGGAAGGUUCCGGGAUUGCCUAUUCCAAUUGAAAAUAUGAUUCUUCGUUACGUGAAAAUGAAAGCUGAUUGGUGGACAAACACGGCUCAUUACAACAGGGAAAGAAUUCGAAGAGGAGCUACCGUUGAUAAAACUGUGUGUAAAAAAAAUUUAGGAAGAUUAACUCGGUUAUACUUGAAAGCUGAGCAAGAAAGGCAACAUAAUUAUUUAAAAGACGGUCCGUAUAUAUCACCCGAGGAAGCCGUCGCAAUUUACACAACUACAGUACAUUGGUUAGAAUCUAGGCGUUUCGCGCCCAUUCCUUUUCCACCUUUAUCGUACAAACACGAUACGAAAUUGUUAAUACUUGCCUUGGAAAGGCUCAAAGAAGCUUAUUCCGUAAAAUCACGUUUAAAUCAAAGUCAGAGAGAAGAAUUGGGACUUAUAGAACAAGCUUAUGAUAAUCCUCACGAGGCAUUGUCAAGAAUUAAACGUCAUCUUUUAACUCAGAGAGCGUUUAAAGAGGUUGGAAUAGAGUUUAUGGAUUUGUACAGUCAUUUAAUUCCAGUUUAUGAUGUUGAACCUUUGGAAAAAAUUACGGAUGCUUAUUUAGAUCAAUAUUUGUGGUACGAAGCAGAUAAAAGACGGCUCUUUCCUCCAUGGGUAAAACCGGCUGAUACAGAGCCACCUCCCCUUUUAGUGUAUAAAUGGUGCCAAGGUAUUAACAAUUUGCAAGACGUGUGGGACAUAAGUGAGGGUGAAUGUAAUGUACUUCUAGAAUCCAAAUUCGAAAAAAUGUAUGAAAAAAUUGACUUGACUUUACUUAAUAGACUUCUUCGAUUGAUAGUCGAUCAUAACAUAGCUGAUUACAUGACAGCUAAAAAUAAUGUCGUAAUUAAUUAUAAAGAUAUGAAUCACACGAAUAGUUAUGGUAUUAUUAGAGGAUUACAAUUUGCUAGCUUCAUCGUUCAAUAUUAUGGAUUAGUACUUGAUUUAUUAGUGUUAGGUUUACGGAGAGCUUCUGAAAUGGCAGGUCCACCUCAGAUGCCGAACGAUUUUUUAACUUUUCAGGAUGUUGCUUCUGAAACGGCUCAUCCUAUAAGGCUUUUCUGUCGUUACGUCGAUAAAAUUCAUAUAUUUUUAAGGUUUUCUGCCGAAGAAGCUCGUGAAUUAAUUCAAAGGUACCUAACGGAGCAUCCAGAUCCAAAUAAUGAAAAUAUUGUAGGAUACAAUAAUAAAAAAUGCUGGCCUCGAGAUGCACGUAUGAGACUUAUGAAACAUGACGUAAAUUUGGGACGUGCUGUUUUUUGGGAUAUUAAAAAUCGAUUACCACGGUCUACUACUACUAUACAGUGGGAAAACAGUUUUGUAUCCGUUUACUCGAAAGAUAAUCCCAAUCUAUUAUUUAACAUGAGUGGAUUUGAAUGUCGGAUUUUACCUAAGUGUCGAACUACUCACGAGGAGUUUACUCAUAAAGAUGGAGUUUGGAAUUUACAAAAUGAAGUCACCAAAGAGAGAACGGCUCAGUGUUUUCUAAGAGUCGAUGAAGAGUCUUUAGGACGUUUUCAUAAUCGAGUCAGACAAAUAUUGAUGGCUAGUGGAUCUACAACUUUCACAAAAAUUGUUAACAAAUGGAAUACGGCCCUGAUAGGUUUAAUGACAUACUUCCGAGAAGCUGUUGUAAACACGCCAGAAUUAUUGGAUCUUUUAGUAAAAUGCGAGAAUAAAAUUCAAACGCGUAUUAAAAUUGGUUUAAAUUCAAAAAUGCCUUCCAGGUUUCCUCCUGUAGUUUUUUACACUCCAAAAGAAUUGGGAGGUUUGGGAAUGUUAUCAAUGGGUCACGUUUUAAUUCCCCAGUCUGACUUGCGAUGGUCGAAGCAAACCGAUGUAGGAAUCACACAUUUUAGGUCGGGUAUGAGCCACGACGAAGAUCAACUUAUACCAAAUCUGUACAGAUACAUACAACCGUGGGAAUCGGAGUUUAUUGAUUCUCAACGUGUCUGGGCAGAAUAUGCAUUAAAGCGUCAAGAAGCUAAUGCCCAAAAUAGGCGGCUAACUUUGGAAGAUUUAGAGGAUAGUUGGGAUCGUGGAAUUCCAAGAAUAAAUACAUUGUUUCAAAAAGAUAGACACACGUUAGCCUACGAUAAAGGUUGGAGAAUACGUACGGAGUUUAAACAGUACCAAGUUUUGAAACAAAAUCCGUUUUGGUGGACACAUCAAAGACACGAUGGAAAGUUGUGGAAUUUAAAUAAUUACCGAACGGAUAUGAUACAAGCAUUGGGUGGAGUUGAAGGAAUAUUAGAGCACACGCUUUUCAAAGGAACGUACUUUCCAACAUGGGAAGGGUUAUUUUGGGAAAAAGCGUCUGGGUUUGAGGAGUCCAUGAAGUAUAAAAAGUUAACAAACGCUCAAAGGAGUGGUUUAAAUCAAAUUCCAAACCGGCGAUUUACUUUAUGGUGGUCACCAACGAUAAAUCGUGCUAACGUAUAUGUCGGAUUUCAAGUUCAACUUGAUUUAACUGGCAUAUUCAUGCACGGUAAAAUUCCAACUUUAAAAAUUUCUUUGAUUCAAAUUUUUAGAGCUCACUUGUGGCAAAAAAUUCACGAGUCUGUGGUGAUGGAUUUGUGUCAGGUUUUCGACCAAGAAUUAGAUGCGUUGGAAAUUGAAACCGUUCAAAAAGAAACCAUUCAUCCUCGAAAAUCGUAUAAAAUGAAUUCAUCAUGUGCCGAUAUACUUUUAUUUGCAUCUUACAAAUGGAAUGUUUCUAGACCGUCUCUACUGGCAGAUUCUAAAGAUACCAUGGACAAUACAACAACUCAAAAGUAUUGGAUCGAUGUGCAGUUACGUUGGGGAGAUUACGAUUCGCACGAUAUAGAGCGAUAUGCGAGAGCUAAAUUUUUAGAUUAUACUACUGAUAACAUGUCCAUUUAUCCAUCACCGACCGGAGUCCUCAUAGCUAUAGAUUUAGCUUAUAAUCUUCACAGCGCUUACGGUAAUUGGUUCCCCGGUUGCAAGCCUUUAAUUCAACAAGCAAUGGCUAAAAUAAUGAAAGCAAAUCCAGCUUUGUAUGUUUUGCGUGAACGUAUUCGAAAAGCUCUUCAAUUGUACUCAUCUGAACCUACGGAACCUUAUCUUUCAUCUCAAAAUUACGGAGAAUUAUUUUCAAAUCAAAUUAUUUGGUUUGUCGAUGACACGAAUGUGUACCGAGUAACUAUUCACAAGACGUUUGAAGGAAAUUUAACCACAAAACCAAUUAACGGAGCAAUCUUUAUAUUCAAUCCUAGAACGGGGCAAUUGUUUUUGAAAAUAAUUCACACCUCUGUUUGGGCCGGUCAAAAACGUUUGGGACAAUUGGCAAAAUGGAAAACAGCCGAAGAAGUAGCUGCUUUAAUUCGUUCAUUGCCCGUCGAAGAGCAACCGAAACAAAUUAUUGUUACUAGAAAAGGUAUGUUGGAUCCGUUGGAAGUACAUUUACUUGAUUUUCCAAAUAUUGUAAUUAAAGGAUCCGAACUUCAGUUGCCUUUCCAAGCUUGUUUAAAAGUUGAAAAAUUUGGUGAUCUGAUUUUAAAAGCUACGGAACCUCAAAUGGUGUUAUUUAAUCUUUACGAUGACUGGCUAAAAACUAUUUCCUCCUACACGGCAUUUUCUCGUUUAAUUUUAAUUCUUCGAGCUCUUCACGUCAAUACGGAAAGAACAAAAGUUAUUUUAAAACCAGAUAAAACCACCAUUACUGAACCUCAUCACAUUUGGCCUACUUUGACCGAUGAAGAAUGGAUUAAAGUUGAAGUGCAACUUAAAGACUUAAUUUUAGCCGACUACGGAAAGAAAAAUAAUGUGAAUGUUGCCUCUUUGACUCAAUCUGAAAUUCGAGAUAUAAUUCUUGGAAUGGAAAUAAGCGCUCCAUCUGCUCAACGUCAGCAAAUAGCCGAAAUCGAAAAACAAACAAAGGAACAAUCUCAAUUGACUGCAACCACAACGAGAACUGUAAAUAAACACGGUGAUGAAAUAAUCACGGCGACAACUUCGAAUUAUGAAACUCAAACGUUUAGUUCGAAAACGGAAUGGAGAGUUCGUGCUAUUUCUGCUACGAACCUUCAUCUUCGAACGAACCACAUUUACGUUUCAUCCGAUGACAUCAAGGAAACCGGAUACACUUACAUUCUUCCUAAAAAUGUACUCAAGAAAUUUGUAACCAUAUCCGAUCUUCGAGCUCAAAUUGCCGGUUAUUUGUACGGAAUUAGUCCACCGGAUAAUCCUCAGGUAAAAGAAAUUCGGUGCAUAGUUAUGCCGCCGCAAUGGGGAACCCAUCAAACCGUUCACCUUCCCAAUCAAUUGCCUCAACAUCAAUAUUUAAAAGAAGUCGAACCCUUGGGUUGGAUUCACACUCAACCCAAUGAAUUACCACAGCUGUCUCCUCAAGAUAUUACCACUCACGCCAAAAUCAUGGCGGAAAAUUCAUCGUGGGAUGGAGAAAAAACAAUAAUAAUCACGUGCUCUUUUACUCCCGGUUCUUGUUCUCUAACGGCUUAUAAAUUAACUCCAAGCGGUUACGAAUGGGGUCGUCAAAAUACCGACAAAGGAAAUAAUCCCAAAGGAUAUUUACCGAGUCAUUAUGAAAAAGUACAAAUGUUACUGUCGGAUAGAUUUUUAGGUUUUUUUAUGGUUCCGUCGCAAGGGUCGUGGAAUUAUAAUUUUAUGGGCGUACGACACGAUCAAAAUAUGAAAUACGAGCUUCAAUUAUGUAACCCUAAAGAAUUUUAUCACGAAGUUCAUCGUCCUGCUCAUUUUCUCAAUUUUUCAUCUCUGGAAGACGGGGAUGGAGUGGGUGCGGAUCGGGAAGACAUGUUUGCAUAA